GAUACGACUGCAGACAUGGCAGAUACCGCAAGUUCUCCCAAGAAGGUCGCCAAGGCCAAGAAGCCCAAGGCUCCAGCAGCCCAUCCUCCGUGCAGUGACAUGAUCACUGCGGCCAACCGCCUGAAGGACCGCAAAGGCACGUCCCUGGCGGCCAUCAAGAAGUACGUGGCGGCCAACUACAAGUUCGACGUGGAGAAGCAGGGCCAUGUCCUCAGGCGCACCCUGAAGCGCAUGGUGGAGAAGGGCACUCUGACCCAGCCCAAGGGGAAGGGCGCCUCUGGCUCCUUCAAGAUCAGCGCCGCUGCCCAGAAGCCGGCCAAGCCCAAGAAGAAGCCCGCCGCCAAGAAGCCCGCUGCCAAGAAGGCGAAGAAGCCAAAGAAGCCAGCUGCAAAGAAGCCUGCGGCCAAAAAGGCAAAGAAGUCUCCCAAGAAGGCGGCAAAGAAGUCUCCCAAGAAGGCGGCAAAGAAGUCUCCUGCCAAGAAGGCGAAGAAGCCCGCCGCCAAGAAGGCGAAGAAGCCAGCCGCCAAAAAGGCGAAGAAGGCGACGAAGAAGCCGGCCAAGAAGAGAAAGAGGAGGGAGACCUUCGGUGUCUACAUCUACAAGGUGCUCAAGCAGGUGCACCCCGACACCGGUGUCUCCAGCAAGGCCAUGGGCAUCAUGAACUCCUUCGUCAACGACAUCUUCGAGCGUAUCGCCGCUGAGGCUUCCCGCCUGGCUCACUACAACAAGCGCUCCACCAUCAGCAGCCGGGAGAUCCAGACCGCCGUGCGUCUGCUGCUGCCUGGCGAGCUGGCCAAGCACGCCGUCAGCGAGGGCACCAAGGCCGUCACCAAGUACACCAGCUCCAAGUAAACUGUCUGACCGCCCGACCAGUAUACCCCGGCCCUUUUCAGGGCCACCCACAUCUUCCAGAAAGUCCCGUAUCGUGUCUCGAUAAUCUUGUAUACUAGUACUAGUAUUCAACACUGACCAGUCGUUUCUGUACUAUUCCAUGUAUUGAAAUGAAUGAAAAAAUUGUAUUGUACGUUCAUGCUGUGAUACGGUGACAAUAUAGUGUGGCGCCGGUAGAUGCUUAUUGCUACCUCUACAGUGGCUAGGCCAUUGUAUGUAUGGGUUUAGCAGUUGUCGGUUCUCGCAUCAGAAAACGAUUUCAAACAAUGAAUUUUGAACAUCUGAAUUCAGCACUGCAUUGAUGGGAAAACAUUAACAACUAGGAAGACUGGCUUUCCUCAACUGUUGGGGCCAAAAUAUGAGCAUUUGAAGAUGACUCGGAACCUGAAUACCUUUUUCGGUAUUUUGGGGGAAUCUAGAA